AUGUACCCCUCCGAGUUCUCCUGGCGCACAACACCACCCCCCGAUCUCGAAACUCCGACAACCAUAACCACCGACCCAAACUUUAGCUUGUCCAUCCACCCCAGUUAUGCCCUCGAGUUUUCUCUUCCAGACACCUAUCCCGAUACCCAAAAACCGCAUGUGUAUUUAUCUUGUGGCGGUGACGUCGAUACCUCGACUCGCAAACGCGCAAGAGCAAAGUUGGCAGAAGUGGUCGAGGAGCAAGAGACAGGCAUGGAGAUGCUCGAUUUGAUUGUGACGUUAUUCACCGACUAUCUUCCCGAGUUGACAGAAGUCAAGUCACGUACAGACCAACAUCAAGACCAGGAGGGUAAUCAACGGCAACACACUUCGAAGAUCAAGCGAGUGGUCAUAUGGUCACACCAUCUGCUAGCCACCUCGAAACGGAAAGAUAUCCAAGCUUGGUCUAAGGAGUUGUCGUUAAGUGGUUUCAGUCGUCCAGGUCAUCCCGGCAGUAUCUUUGUCGAGGGCGAUGAAGACCAAGUGGACGAGUUCGUUCGUCGCUUGAAACAGCUGCGCUGGCAAGCCUUACAAGUCAGAGGCGAGGAAACAGCUGACAAGCGUAUCUGCGGUCCUGGUGAUGGUGUGCUCGAGGUCGAAGGCCUAGGCGACAUUGCAGAAGCACUCAAGAAGAUUGACGCCAACACUGCCGACCUUUUCCUCCAAGCCAUGAAGAUUGCAAAGACAGACUAG